AUGGGGAAAAGGAAGAUUGCGAUUGAGAGGAUUGAUGAUAUACCGAACAGGCAAGUCACUUUCUCAAAGAGACGAAGUGGUUUGGUCAAGAAGGCAAGGGAGCUUGCCAUCCUCUGUGACGUACAAGUUGGGGUCAUCGUCUUCUCGAGCACUGAUAAGCUCUACGAAUAUGGAAGCUCCAGCCUGGAGUCAAUAAUUGGGCGCUACCAUAAACAGAAAGAGGAACAUCCGCUUAUGAAUGCAGCUUCAGAAGCCAAGUUUUGGCAAAGAGAAGCCACGGUCUUGAGGCAAGAACUUCAACAGUUGAGGGAAAUGCACAGGCAAUUGAUGGGUGAACAACUUUCUGGUUUUGGCAUUAACGAAAUGAACGAUUUGGAAAACCAACUGAAGAUGAGUUUAAAACGUGUCCAGGUCAGAAAAGAUCAAAUCUUAACUGAUGAGAUUAAAGAGCUACAGCAAAAGGGAAAUCGAAUCAGUCAAGAAAAUGUUGAACUCUAUGAAAGGAUACAAGUUAUUAGUAAAGAAAAUGCGGGGUUAAAAAAGAUUUAUGAAGCAAGGGUUAUGAAUGAAGAAAAUGAGAGAUUCAAUCUGCAACUGAGCCAGCCAGAAUCUCAAUCUAGUGAGCCACUAACCAAAGCAAUGGAACAGGGGUAUAUCGUAUUCCUUCAAACUGAUUACAGCUGCUUUAGCAGUAGCUCUUUGACAGUCUAGGGUUUUCAGACAACAACUUUGCUGUUGGAAGAUCAGGUUUCAAUUUCUAAGGGGGAGAUAAAUGUUUUAAUUCAAAAAGAUAGUUAUUAGAUAAUAAACUCAUCAGGAAUAGCAUCAAUGCAUAUUUAAUCAAAUGUUUCUGUUAUAUAUGGAUCAGACACAUUCGAUAUA